GUGAAUAAAGAUUAUUCUGAAGGGAUGAGCAAAUGCAUAGUAACUAAUAGUAUCAAGUAUUCUGAGCUCUAAAACGUGGCGGAGAGUUUUGGACCUUUUGGGUCGCACGUACUUCUGAUCACUCCAGAGGGGCAGAUUAUUGUUAAACGUCCGGCACGCAUUCUAGCCCUAGAUGGGCCGUCGCGCUCACGUGGAAGAAAGUUUCUUAAGGCUUGUCAAGACUCGUUUACUUCAUCAUUAAUUUCUUAUGGCAAUGAAUGUCACAAAUGAUCCAUAUUAAAGGGCGCUUAUUAUACAGUUUAUCUUGCGAAAUAAAGUUUUUGCCCAUAAUAUAAUGCAACUUUCCUCUUUUUUUUACCCAUCAUGAUACAAUAUUGUGCCAGAACUGCAACAGGUUUUUUGCUUGUUUCUCUCAUGGAGUAUCCUAGGGUAGUGCGCCCAUCAUCCAUAAAAUAUAAUACUUCGUGUGGUUCCUACUUUUUUACCCUAUAAUGGUCAACAGUCUUCUAAGACUCUGGUGGAUGUCUGUGGAACGAUACUAGAUAAGGCACUCAGCCGACUCAAUGACGGGCACGGGAAAUGCCUGUGCAUGUUGGUUGCAUCACUAGAACACCUCCACAACCUGCACAGCGAAGGUUAAGGCAUCUUCUGAAGCUUACCUUACUACCCCAAUCCAUCUUCUGAAGUAUGACGACUUCAAUGAGAAUGAGGCAUUCUUGACUUCAAUGAGAAAAGUGCAUUGCGCUCGCUGAAGCAUCCUGUUGCUGAAGCAUCCUGUUCGUUGCUGAAGCAUCCUGUUCGUUGGCAGCGAACAGGAUGCUUCUCAAGAUGGUGGAUUCGGAUGAGCUCUAAGAAGAAGAGAACCGCUCCGAACUUCGACGGAUUCUGGCACAGAUCAGACGCGAAGUUCUACCCUUUGCAGAGAAGGUUGUACUUCGAAAACUCGUGUACGUGUCUCAUGAAGAAUCUGAAGCCGCCCAUGGGCGUGAAGUUGCAAAAGAUGGAGAAACAAAAAGCAUCAAGGAAGAAUUAGGGCUUACAGCAAUUCAUCUGCAGAAGCAUCUUCGGCCCCCUUUGUAAGGUGAAGUCCUUUUGUAAGAGGAAACCACGCACAGGAUGCUUUUCAAGAUGAAUGUUUAAGUCAGUAUCUGGGACAACAAGGAAAACUCUCUAUACCCUAUAGUUUAAGUAAGGUCAUCUAAAAUAAGGAGAAGAAAACAUAAACGAGGAAAAACUACAACGCGGACGCCUGUUGAAGAUGAUGGCAAUGUUUUUGGCGACAUCACUUACGGGAGAAAUGCCUGCUUCACAGGCGCGCGAGUUAGCCAGUCUUGUAGUUGAAUUCGUCUCGAACACUGCAGACGCGGAGGGAACAGCACUGCGAGAGGCCGCUCUUCGAUGUAAAGGCCUGAUACGUGGGGUCGAUCGUGGUGUGUGUAAUAUGUCGAAACCUACACUCGUUCGUGGUCACGUGUUCUAUGGUCUCUGUCGGCAUGGACAUCAUUCCUUCCUUCACUCUACGAAUUCCGCGAGCACGCUCAGCUGCCCAUAUGAAGUCAGUCUACUGGAGUACCUUGAUGCUUCUAAGGUUACGGCUACUGCUGAAGCAUGUCCUUAACACCAUUUGAUCCUUGGGUGCAGAAUAUAUUUGCUUUUUAUAGAAAGAUCGCCCCUUGAAUUGAUUCUAAAGCCCUCGCGACAUCCUUGGCCUUUCUUCAUGUAAACCACUAUACUACUACUCUUACUAAUGAUCUUGGUUCCUCUUUUCCAAAGGGAGAAAGAAGUGUAAGCCAAGGAUGCUAUCACUCUCAAGGAACAAGGUGCGAGCGCGGUAGCUCUAAUAAAGGAGGGGACUCAGAUCGAGUAGCCUCAUGGGAUCAGCGUUUUUUGGAUGCAUAUAUUGCUGCUUGGUUUUCUUAAGGCUGUAGUAGAGUUCACUCUCCUGUGUCGUGGACUAUGCUGAGCGGCGCCCCCCUUGAUUUAAAGGGGAAAGCAAGGCGAAAAAGAGCAACCCACUCAACCAGGGAUGGUGAAAAACUACAGCGUUAAUUUAUUUCCCAACACCACGAGGAUAAGGCUUUCCAAGCACACCACGAUAGGGCUUCCCAAGCAAGGACGAGAGUCUUUCUCUUGCUCGAGGGUUCUUCGGAAGAAGCAGAUGAAGAGAAUGGUGACGCCGAAGCUGAAGCAGAUGUAGGCAGAAAUCCAAGAGAACUGAGUAAUUUGGAAACUUUAUUGGCAGCGAUUCGUCGCUACGAGGCAUCGAUGGAGGGCAGUGGUCUUGCGAAAGGAAAUUUUUAGGUCUCCUCGUACUAGGGAUAAAGAAGAAUAAAAAACUUGCAGGCACCUCUAGUAUCUAUAGGCACAAUCUUCAUCAUCUUGUUCCUUUUGGCUAUCAGUAUCAAUCUCUGAUGAAGUCUGGCUAUCAGUCUCAAUCUCUCAUGAAGAAAGGGUAUCAUUUAAUCUUUGAGGAUGACACAAGGGUUACUUACUGAUGUACUUACUCAGUUUGGCACGCGGACGAGGAUGCUUAUCUCAACAAAACGAUGGACACUACUGAAAUACGAGGACCCGCACGAUUUUCAUGGACCACUAUCAAAUAAAUAAUGCUGGUUGGUGAUUAUAAGUUAACGACAAGGUACAGUGCUGGUGGUCUAGGUUGUAGAAUAUUGACAAGAUAGACGCAUUCUGGCCAUGUUGAGCUCUAAAAUUUCCGUACAAUCAACAGACCGAGUAUAACGCUGAUCACCGUGGACCGGAACGAAGUAGCGCCUCUUUUAUAUGGCUAGAAAACCUUGAACUGGAUGAUUGCUCGACGUGUUGUGAUCUGUCGCAGUUAUCGUCACAGGAGACUCACUUAUUUUUGACUAGUCUACAAGCCAAAAUAUUGAUAAUACCGUGUUUCUUGAGGGAAAUAAAAAGUGCAGCGACAGAUCGAGAGUAAGAGAAGCGACAGAUCCAGUAACUUUAACCAUUUAUCUUUUGGAAAAGGUACGACCCGUGACGCUUUUUUCGUCCGCAUCUUUCGUACAGGAGAAUACUCUGCUUUUCGACAAACUAAACUGCGUGGGGAAAAAUAGCUGGCUAUUGAGUAGUGGAGCCGAUGACACAACUACGAAUAUUGAUCCAGAGGUGAACAGGUGUAGUUCUUCGAGGACUACUCCGACGAACUCCAUCGAAAAUGUCGGAAGUCGAUCUCCCGGUGCUGGUGGUGUAAGCAAACACACUUCCGACGGUGCCUCAAGAGGUCCUCCUGCUGGUGGCGUAAUCAAGAACACUUCCUCCUUCGCGGGAUCUCCUACAAUUAGGGUCCGAGUGCAGAAUAGAAUCAGGGUUCACGAGGAGAUCUAUAUAGUUUACCUCAUAAGUAGAAUAGGAGGUUGGGGAUGGUCUCAGGAGGGACGCGACACUGUAGCUCUAAUGCGGCCAUCUCCACCAGUGCUAGGAGAACUGCAGCAAAGUGGUUGUUGCUUCCCUCGAGCGAUAGUGUGGCGCAAUCUGAGCAGCUCAAUAGAGUCCAGCAGUUGUUAGACUUAAGGCUACCGCUAAAACAUCCGCGGCCACGCCAUCCUGUCCUCUUUUCCAAGGGGAAAAAGGGCUCAGGGACGCUCCCGAGGGUGCAGUAGAACGAACUGGAUCUUUUCUAGUAGACAAAGAGUAGAAGGCAUACUUCAGUAGAAGCUCUAAAUGGCUUUUACGCUGAGCAUGUUGAACACCUUCGAGGACAGAGCUCGGCUUCGGGUGUUGAAUACCUGAGACCUGGCUUGGAGUUUGAGCUGGCUUUUCUACGCGAAGCAAGCCGCCGCAUUCAUGUAGAAUUAAGGCUCUCGUACUAGUAUCGCCUGUUUGGGAAGGUGUAGCAGGUCCACCGACGCUCAAAGCACACAGACAAAGUAAGCCGGCUAAUUUCCCUCGAUAGUUCGGAGGUCGUUAGUAUUCCUUAGUCGCAAUAUUACCAUAUGCCGCUUUCAUAUGCCGUUGUAGACUAGAUGAAGCUAAAAAUAGUCGAGUUGGGAUAGUCGAGGCUGAUAAGUAGCUCUAACCCUUAUAGUCGAAGUUUGUUAUCGCUCUAAAAACAGCUGUGGAGGACGAUGCUUACACGAAGGAGGCCUUUUCUCUCGUGCAGAAAAUGUUCUUAGCGGUCGCUGAGAACUUUGUUGCGCCGCUCUCGAGAAGUUCAGAAGUUUUUAAGACUUGAACAUAGCAGAAGAGACGUCAAAAAUCUUGGAAGUGCAACUCUGUCUACGUCUUCCUCUUGAACUGAAGAUUCAGGGCAGGGCCUAUAGAUCAAAGUUUCUAGAUCGAAGGGUUUUUACGUCACAAGACGUAUUCAGAAUCGAUUCUUGGAUAUUUUGAUCUCUAAUGACCACAACACGACCAGGACUCGUCGAUGCGUCUUUGAGAAUCUCUUUGGGCCGAUCCAAACCCCCGUCGAUACUCCGGAGAGGGACAUGAAGAAUGAGCGGAAUAGUGACGCUGAUGGGGAGGUCUCCUUUCGCACUAAUUACGGGUAGUUUAUCACCAUCCCAUGUGGACUGUGCUGAGUGGAGUCCUCCUUGAUUUAAAGGGAAAACUAAGGGGCAAAGAGGGCAAUCCACUCGACUCGGGAUACAUAGUGAGAAGCUACCUUAAAAUUAAGCCAGAGGUGGCCAGAGCUGUCCGUAAACUACUCGUUUGGGAAAACGAGGCGCUCCCUGACUGGUUACUGCCUUAUAUUAUGGAAAUCGAUACUAGUGAAUCUGGUAGGAAAGAAACUAUGGCGGGAUAGAAAUCGGCAGGAGAAUCCUAAGCAUGCUGCCGAAUCGAUUCAAAUCAUCAGGUGAUGGCGAUCUGUGAGAUCAGAAAAGAAAAUAUCAUGUCUAUGAGAUGACAUGAAAGACAGGAUUUGUGCUGAAGAACUCUGAAAUUUGUGAUACCAACAGUCAAAGAGUGAAUCAUUACUAGGUAGAAGUGGUUUUGUUGGCCCUCGAGCAUCUCGUCUAAGAAUUUCCGGAUACGACGACAUGGAGUUACGAAAUUCGCUUUUCUAAAGCCUCUCCAUUCAUUGUCUUUCUUUAGUAGAAUGGAUGCAAAUUUUUUUACGCGGCCUUCUUCUCAUUCGUUAGAAGGGAAGAUGCUAAGACUUUUAAGCGGCUUUUCUAAUUUCUUGUGUUGUAACUCGUAUGCUGUACGAGUUGUAAAGCUAUAUACAUUGUCUCUUUGUACACGACCGAGACAUAGUACUAGUACUAACCACUAAGAAUUACGAAUCUUAUAUUCGCAUCUCUGCAACAGCGGCCAGGACGAUUGGGGACGAAGUUGCGUGCAGAAGCACGGAAGAUGAGAGUCUUAAGGUAAAGGUAGUAAGUAAAUAUGUAAUUGCCUAGUAUCACCGACUCAAGGAUGACUACGAGACCUCCUCUUUAUACUGCUAGUAGGACGCCUCUUCUGCUCUUUACUUUCGUUAGGAGCUUACUUCAUAUUGAUCUCAAACUCUCUAAUUCUAACUGUAAGAUUAUGAAAGAAAAAACGUCUCAAUUUUUGAGCUUCCUUGCAGUUGAUUUCUUUUUCCGAUUCCGUGUUUCUAAUCAUGCAAGGAGAAGCGAGACCAUGAUCUACUACUUGAAGAAGUCCGCUCGUUCCUUGGAUAGGAACCUCGACGUCGAGGGAACUGCUAUCGAGUCUCCAAACACGGCCCUCCAAGCCCUUCGAACGUGCCUGGAUCUAAUGGACCAGAUAGUAAGGACUGAACAUCCUUGUCAGCGGCUUGCUGGUGGGUGAAAGCUAGUCGUGGUAAGGGCUGAAAACUUCCUUGUCAGCGGCUUGGUGGUGGUUAAAAACUGAUAAGGACUGAAAACUUCCUCGUCAACCGCUUGCUAUCAUGGCGGUAGGUGGCGCCUGGUGGUAAGUAGGCGGCUGUCGCUAUAAGCAGUAUACAAUAGAAACGUCGUACGCAUGUCACGAAUCGAUCUUUAGGAAUUCUUCAUAAGGCCGGAGGAAUUCGUCUUGAUGAGUUUCAAGAAACAGGGCCAGAACUUCGGAUUGCUCUUAUUAGAGGUGCUUUUAGACCUCAUGAUGAAUCUACCCGUUUACUUGUUGUAUUAAACUAAUCUUCUAUAUUGUAGUUUCAAAAAAGUGCCAUUGUCAAUUGAGAAAUGUCACGAGCAAGGAGAAGGAUGUCGAUGUCUGUGUGUCUAUUCUCCUGUUGAUACUCUGCAGAUUCUGAAUAUGAAAGGACUUUAACAAGUUGUUAAUGUUAUAUAGAAAAAAGGAGUUCGGUUUUUGAUGAUGAAGUACCCACCCCGCGAAUGGGUACGCGAACGCGUAAGCCACUACUACUAAGUGUUUCCUCUCAUUUCUAGAAUGGACAAUGAUCGCAAGGAUCACUCCCCAUCUUUUUGUCCUUGUAACAGAGACUCUUUUUAAUAAAU